AUGAUCUCUGCCAAGGAGGUCGUGCUAGAAUACAUUGUGCCCAUAUUGGGUACCAUCAUAUCCUGCAUCAUGUUCCUUGCCAGCAUGCCGGCCGUCCUGAAGGCCAGAAGGACUCGUGAUCUGGGGCCCCUGAACCUGAUCCCCUACCCCGCCAUCAUCGUCAAUUGUUUGGGGCGCGUGGCCUACAGCUACGUCAUCGUCAACUACUACAUGCUGACGGCGGGGUCGGUGGGCGCCAUCGCCGGCCUGUUCUACACCAUGACCUGCUCCGGCCUGGCCCCGCAGCGCACCUUGGACAUCAUGGCCGGCAUGCUGGUGGUCCUCACCACCGCCAUGAUCGUGGUGGGCGCGGUGGGCUCCUUCCGCCACCUGGCCCACGCCGAGCAGCGCCUGCUGUGGGGCUACGCCUCCAAUGUCCUGCUCAUGGCCUACUACGCCUCCCCGCUCUCCACAAUCUGGACCGUCCUGCACACGCGCUGCGCGGCCAGCCUGUCCGUCCCCAUGGCCGCCAUGAAUGCGCUCAAUGGCGGGCUGUGGCUGGCCUAUGGGCUGGCAAUCCACGACCCCUUCAUCUGGGUCACCAACGGCGUGGGCCUGGGCAUCGCCAUCAUCCUACUCUCCUGCAUCAUCAUGUUCAAGAACGGGCAGGCAGAGGCAGGUCUCGCCCCCGCCAUGAACAGUUCCCCUUCCAGGCAGAGCAACAGCUUCUCCAUGCUGGGGCAGCGCAAGGAGGACGGCGUGGAGGUGGGGCAGCGGGAGCCAGACCGGACGCCCUGUCCCUCCACCGGGGAAAGGAUGCCGGAGCGGUACAGCCCGUACUGGCACAUGGCAGGCGCAAGCUCCAAGCUGACGUGA